CGAUUAAUCGAUUCUAAUCACACCGCAACAGUCUCAAAGGUUGGUUCAUUGCAAAUCAUCAAAUCAGUACCAAUACAUCUACGUCAGUGGAUCGUUCACCUGUCAAUUGCGUCAUCUGGUACAACCGUCCCCAUGCCUUUCCCUAUCCCAAAAAGCACACGUAAUUUACCUUCCAAGUAUUCACCAGAAUCAGUAAAUUUGGUUUGCCAUAAAGAAAAACUACCCAGGUGUAGUAAAUUCGUAACCAGGAAAAGUUAAAAGCUCUGAACAUGUAUGAUCUCAAGCAUGUCACAUGCCCACGAACUGAGAGAAGAACCAAAAAGGCAAAACCAGACGAGAAAAGACAGAAAGGGAAAGAGCCUACAGAUGGAGUUAUAAUAGUUCCAUUCGAUUAAUUGAAAACUUACCAGGAAAAAAAAAAGGCAAACUAAGAUAAAGAAUACUACUGCUGCUUCCACAAAGUAGUGCCAGCCUCUUCUCUCUAGCUAGAUAUACAGCAACAGGGAAUUUAGCUUUUCUUACACAAAAUCUAAAAAGGAAGCAACGAAAAGAAGAGAUGAGGUUCUCUUCUUCUCACCUUACUUCCCUUUCCCUCAUCAUCCCAAACCCUCAUUCCAAAAGUCCAAACGACAAUUACUACUACUACAACAACAACAACAACAGCCAGCCAUCCACAGCCCACAACCCACUCAAAUAAGGAAUCAAAUUCCCCCAUCAUAACUUUUCUUGGGUUUUCAAAAGGAUCAAAGAAAAGUAACAACAAAACAAAAAGAAAAGAAAAAAAAACCCUAGUGGGGUUUGCUGCUCUAGAUGAUUCUCUUCUCCUCUUCCCACCUCUAUACUCAGUCCCCCUUCCAAAAUAAGAUGCUCUGGCAAAAUCUCAUCCACACAUCAAACCCCCCAACACUUUCCAGACCUUUUUACCUUUUGUUUUAAUCUUCAAUUAGUAACCCCAUACCAAGAGAAGCCCAGAUACCCAGAGGGUCAAAGUAGAGGAGGCAAAGAUGAACAAGCUACUAACUUUCCUGGAAUCCACACCACUGCUGUCUCCGAUCCCAGUUCCACUCCCGGUUGGACCUAACCCUGUCCCAAACACCGAUGGAGAUGUUCCUGUUCCUGUUCCUGCUCCUGGAGUUAUUCCUGUUCCAGUGCCGGUGCCGGUUCCAGUUGGAGUACCCAUGCCAGUGCCUGUUCCAGUUCCAGUUCCAGUUCCAGUGCCAGUGCCGGUGCCGGUCCCGGUCCCGGUCCCAGUGCCAGUUGGAGUACCCAUGCCGGUGCCUGCUCCUGGAGUUGCUCCUGGGUUUGUUGUUGGUGAGGUUCCAGCAUUGCUGCAAAAUUCCACAGAAGGAAAGAAAGGAGAACUCAAUGUAUAAAAACGGCAACUUAACUAAGGAUAACCUGAUGCUUUGGCCAUAUCAUGAAUGUUAAUGAGCUACCAAACCCAAAUACAAACCUCAAAGGGAAUAUACAUUGUAUUAAACA